AUGGCGGAACGGUCGCAGCCGCUGGCGCUGGUCCGUGUAACGGAGCUGGAAGUUCCUUUCGACCGGAGCAGCACUCAAAGUACCAAUUGCAAUCGCAGCACUUGUCGUGAAAUGGAGCGUCUCCAGGCCGAACUGGGGCUCGAGAUCCAGCCCCAGCGUCUGCAUCGUCAGUACACGUUGAACGUGCUGCCAGUGAGCGCUGCAAGUCGAAGCUCCGCGUCUCGAAGCGGCGUCUUGGACGCCAUCGCCCCCGAUGCGUUGGAGGACGUGCUGAGUCGCUGGGAGGAGAAUCAGGUCAAGUGGCGUCAUUUCGCUGGUUCAGGGACACCGAAGCAGGAGUUUGGACGGGACCGUGACGAGGACGAGACGGUUCCGAUGCUAGAGGAUGGCGGCCAUUUCUUUGAGAACGUCCGACGACCAGAGACUUUCGACGUGACGUUUGGGGCUGGCGAUCUCGGUCUGGAGGUCGGGAUUGAUGCAGUGAAGAACAAAGUGGUGGUCAAAAGUGUUCAAAUGGAGACGUGGAUUCAAGCUGCGGUGGCGCCAAGGGCUCCCGGGACAAGGGUGAGGAAAGGCUUGACCGUGGAAGCUGUGAAUGGCCAGACUGAGGUGUCGGUGGCAGACGUGCUGGACGAGCUGCAGUUUAGUAAACGACCGAUGACUGUGACGUUCCGACGCGCGACGAUGGUCGUGUGUAAACUUUGCGAGACCAAAGUCGACGCGAGCAACUUGGACGAACAUGUCAAUUACUGCGUCUUGUCCAAGCGGGUGGAGCUCGAAGCGGAUGUGAUUAACGACUCGCUGGUGCAACUCACGGCAUCGCUCGAUGCGUCGCUCGUGGAAGUUGAUGCAGUGGGCAAGCUGGACGAGUUGCAUGCGUACCAUGCACUGCGCAUGGCAGCUGUCCAGACGUCGUCGUGCGACGUGACUAGCGUGGAUGCAUUUGCACUCUGUGCUCAACUCGUGAAGGUCAUCGAUCGGAUACGACAACAGGAAGAGACGUUGAAGCUUGACGUCAGAGGUGUUGCAUAUUGUGUCAAGCUGCGCAACUUGAUCCACGCCAAGAUGAGCAAAAUGCGGGCAUCGCACAAGAUGAUGUUUCAGCAAGCUCCGAUUGAGAUCAUGCGGUCGCCGUUGAAGCGAACCAAGUCACUGGAGAGCAUUAAAAACCGAAGAUGGUUGCGAUCUCGAAGACGCUCGAGCUUGAGACCGACUUCUUAUCGAGUCUCGAUACGUGAUUUCCAAAUCGUCAAGCCAAUCUCAAAGGGGGCGUUCGGCAAAGUAUACCUUGCUCGGAAGAAGACGACUGGUGACCAAUACGCGAUAAAGGUGCUUGCAAAAGAGCACUUGCUUCGCAAGAAACAGAUCCAGCAGAUUGAGACCGAGCGGAAUAUUUUGGCUAGUGUGGUGAGCCCGUUCGUUGUGAAGUUGUUCUGGACGUUUCAAACCAAGCGUAAUCUGUUUUUGGUGAUGGAAUACCUCCCCGGUGGUGAUUUCAUGUCGUUGUUAGAGUGCAUUGUACAGCUGGAAGAACAGGUGGCAUGCGUGUAUAUUGCAGAGAUUGCAAUCGCGCUUAAUCACUUGCAUACGAAGGGCUGUGUCCAUAGAGACUUGAAGCCCGACAAUAUUCUGCUUUCGUCCACUGGCCACAUCAAGUUAACCGACUUCGGCUUGUCCGAGGACGCUGUAGCGCUUAGUGAUAUUGACUUAGACCCUGACGAUGAAUGUGUGGCCGAAGAUAGCGAGGUACGGGAUAGCAGUGCAUCGGAAGUUUCGCCAUUCACGCCGGAAGAUGGCCGCCCGCGUUGCAUCUCAAUGUCCAAGCGAAAUUUGAAAAAGCAGUCCGCGUAUCACACAUAUGGGCGAUGCGGCACUCCAGACUACUUGGCACCGGAGAUCAUUCUCGGUGCUCCUCAUGGUCCCCCUGUGGACUACUGGGCACUAGGCAUCAUUCUCUACGAAAUGAUGGUAGGGUUUCCUCCAUUCAAUGAUGACACGGUGGAUGCAAUUUUCGAAAAUAUCUUGGAACGGCAAAUCCUUUGGCCCGAUGGCGAGAAGUGUUUGUCAGCUGAGGCGGUGGAUUUGAUCGACAAGUUGCUUGAUUCGAACCCGGAAACGCGUAUGGGCUGGGAGGGAAUCAAAGAGCAUCCGUUUUUUGAAGGCAUUAACUGGGACACGAUUUUGGAUUCCGUGCCUCCAUUCGUGCCGACGCUGGAAGGGCCGACCGAUACGAGUUAUUUCAAUAACCGCAAUCUCACGGACAUAUUCAUUGAUGAUAGCGACUUUGAUGUCAUUUCUCGCUCGGCAUGCAGCAGUCAGAACAAUGUCGACUUUGGGCCAGAGUGUGACGAUCCGUCGCUGGGUGUACCCGACUCGAAAGCUCACGAGGACUUUCCUCGAAACAACAACGCAAGUGAUGUUUCUGCUGCGACAGCAGAUGUUGAUACCUCGUGGGGGGCCACCGGGACACUGGGUGCACUAGGCUCGAUGGGUGCUACAAAUAAGGAACACAUUGGCCGGGUCUUACAGACGGAAGACAGCAACAACCAUUGUCGAUUCCCUAGUGGGAUGUACGACAGCACCGAUGACUCCAAACUCUGCGAUGCAUUCAGGUCUUUCAGUUUUACCAAUAUGAACGCGCUUGCUGCAGCAUCUCAAGCCGAAGCAGAAAUGAUGACGGACACUACACAGCCAAACGAAGGCGUCGAGUUCGGUCCAUCAAUCUUCAUCUAG